AUAGUAAACCCUGCCUCUUUCUUCCUCAAAACAAAAUCGAACAAUUUUAAAGCGAGUCGACAACUUGUUUUUUCGUCUCUAUCUCAAUUCUCGAAGCUUCUAUUAGAUUUCUCUUCACGCUUUCUCUUUCACUUCAACUUCAACAUCUCAUCGCAAUGGAUGCUGCAAAGAUGUACGGUGCUGUGUUGGCAUGCACGGAUGAAGCAGUUCUUCCUGUUAGUCAAGUGUUUGAUGCGAUUAGAGAACUUGGGAAUGAAGGGGUUGAGAAAUUGGAUCCUCUUGUCAUCACAUCUGCAUCAUCACUCAGCAAGUUUCCAGUGGAAUCUUCCUCUGUGGAUUUGGUCGUUUUAAUCUGGAAGUCUCUUGAUUUUCCUAUCGACCAACUGACUCAAGAAGUCCUCAGAGUGCUAAAAGCUGGUGGGACAACUCUUAUUCGCAAGUCCUCCCAAUCUGCUGUGGGUUCAGGUGAUAAGAUGAUACCUGAUCUUGAAAACAAGUUAUUAUUGGCAGGAUUUUCAGAAAUACAGGCUUUACAAUCUUCUGUGAUCAAAGCUAAAAAGCCUUCAUGGAAAAUUGGUUCAUCUUUUGCACUAAAGAAGGUUGUGAAAAGUUCACCCAAGGUGCAAAUUGAUUUUGAUUCAGAUCUGAUUGAUGAAAAUAGUCUUUUGUCUGAAGAAGAUUUGAAGAAACCUGAACUGCCAUCUGGGGAUUGUGAAAUCGGACCUACAAGAAAGGCCUGCAAAAAUUGCUCAUGUGGAAGGGCAGAAGAAGAGGAGAAAGUGUUGAAGUUAGGAUUGACAGCAGAACAGAUUAAUAAUCCUCAAUCAGCUUGUGGCAGUUGUGGGUUAGGGGAUGCAUUUAGGUGCAGUACCUGCCCUUACAAGGGACUGCCUGCCUUCAAAAUGGGCGAGAAGGUUGCACUGUCCGGUAACUUCCUUGCUGCAGACAUAUGAUAGAUAAUGUUGUAACCUUUUGUCGUGGGAAUGGCAUAAUAGAAUUUAUAGAUAGUAAGGGAUUGUUAUCGGUUAUGUUAUCGUUCGUUUAAGGUGUUUGAUUUGAUACGGUUUAAAGUUAGACUUUGAGAUAUCCGAGUUUCCAGGUAUUAUAUACUAGUUGUCAAUUUUACUCCUCUCUAGCUACUUCAUAAUAAAAAAGAAAAUCCUUUGUUUUCUGCA